UGGUGUUGUUUUAUACAAGUCAGCUUUAAAGCUGCUAGGGGAGCAGGCCAACAGCUAGCGGGCAAGCUGUAGCAUUGUGGCUGGCUGUGGGUGCCAUAGCAACCGUUUAGGAAACACUGGCAGUAGUGGCUAGCUCGUUAGGCUAGCGUUGGUUUGUUAUGCUAGCGUUAAACACGACGCCGAGGAGUGUCCAAGUCAGCCCUAGUUAAUUAUUGUCACAAGUCAGCGCUAUCUACUCGCAUCGCCGCGCAUGUUACUUAAUUCCAACUUUGCUCCGUGCUUUCUAGCAAGCUGUCGGUGAUGGCACACCGCCGUAACGUUAAAGUGUUAAGUUUAGCUAACUUGGCCAACGGUAAUUUCCAUCACAUACAGUAGGCUAACGUUAGCCGCCAAGGCCGUAAACUUAGGUUACCUCAACGCCACCGUUAUGUAAACGUUUGCACCGUUUUUUGUCGUUUAUUGUCUCAAUUUCCGAUUUAAUCUUUCUCAUGUUAGAUUAGCGCAACUUUAAGUCACUUUAGCAGCGUUGUCAUCGUUCACCUCAAUUGUUAGGGAGUCUUAUCUGGGGUUGGUAAGGUUAGGUACGAUGCUGAGAUUAGCUGCUAGUUAAUUAUUUUUUUUGCACGAUUGAUCUUAUUGAUAGCAACAGACACGGAUUUGAUUUGAUUUUUUAAAUUGUUGUUGUUAUAAAUGAAUGGCCGUUCUUGCACCGCAACAACAAAUUAACGAUAUUACGUCUUAGUUAGAAAAUUAAAUGUAAGCGUUUAUUUAGUUUUUUAUCCCUUUGUUAAUUGAAAGGGGUGUAGUCUAACGUGCUGUUUACAAUCUAAGCCACACCACAAUUACUUGAUUUCAGAAAAUGUCACGUUCCGACCUCAACCUGCAAUAAUUCAUGUUUAAAGAAUUAAGCGAUUGUAGACAAAUGGUUAGGUUUGUGUGCGUGAAAGAGAAUUUAUGUUUGUCACAAAUGUCAUUUCAGUAUUCAGUCUGAACUAGUAUGGAUGUUGAUGACUGCAAUGGACGGUCUUACAUAUCAGCAGGUAGUGGAGACUCUUCAUUGGAAAGAGAGUUUUCUGGAGCUCUUGGAGGUCCAACAGUGAGCACCCCAAACAGCAAGGAAAACUCUCCCAGUCGCUCCCUCAGUGCCAACUCCAUUAAAGUGGAGUUGUAUAGUGAUGAAGACCCAGGUCGGAGUACUGAAGAUGAGCGAGGAGAGCGGGUGGAGGAAGGAGGUCCAGAGCAAGGUUCUGAGGCUGUCACAAGCUAUAGAGAGCUCACCAAUUCUGAAACUAUGCCAAGUGGAGCCACCAGACUGCCAAAUGGAAAGCUCAAGUGUGACAUCUGUGGAAUGAUCUGCAUUGGGCCUAAUGUGCUUAUGGUGCACAAACGCAGCCACACAGGUGAGCGACCAUUUCAGUGUAAUCAGUGUGGCGCGUCCUUCACUCAAAAGGGAAACCUACUCCGCCACAUCAAGCUGCACUCAGGGGAGAAGCCCUUUAAAUGUCCCUUCUGCAGCUAUGCCUGUCGAAGACGGGAUGCACUUACCGGCCAUCUUCGCACUCAUGCAGUGUCUUCUCCAACUGUUGGGAAGCCGUAUAAGUGCAGCUAUUGUGGCCGUAGUUACAAGCAGCAAAGCACUCUGGAGGAGCACCGUGAGCGCUGUCAUAGCUAUUUACAGAGUCUGGAUUUCCAGCAGCCAACCAGUGCACCAAAUUCAGGAGAGGAAAUGAGAGAGCUAGAGUUUAUACCAGAUCCUCUACUGCAGCCAUCCUCAGACAAGAUGGCAUUUAUCGAUCGGCUCGCCAACAGCAUCACCAAACGCAAGAGAUCCACGCCACAAAAAUUUGUAGGGCAGAAGCACAUACGCCUCAACCUUGCAGAUACACCUUACGAGCUCACUGCUAGUUUGGAUAAAGAUGGAGACAUGCACCCAGUGGACCUUGAUGCCCCACACUUUACUGGUCUGGGAGGAGAAUAUGUAGGUGUUGCAGGUACUGGAAGAGGAGGGGUAUCAGACACACUCAGAUCCUUGCACCUUCCCACCAGUCACUCUUCAAGUUUAUCAGAACUCAAGCCGAUUCACAGCUUCAGUCAUGCUCCUGUUCCCCUUGGGCCAAGGUUAGAUUGCACAGGGGCAGGAGCUGGCCUGGGAGCUGUGGGUGUUGGGAGCAGAGAGGCAGCAGAGGGUCACGAAGACCUGCCUCCGGGUCGAAAUCACGCCCCUUCUCCUAGCAAUGGCUGCCAGGAUUCUACGGACACAGAAAGCAUGGCAGAUGAGCCUUACAACAGCUGUGCUCCGACUCCGACUUUGUACAGUAACAACGGCCAUCACCUCCUCCACUCUAAUAACCAUAACCCAGCACCUCCACCCAUCGCACACCACAGGAGUCGGGGCAGACACAGCCCCAGUCAUGCCAAAGACCGGGAGAUGAAAAGAGAGGAUGGAGGCCAUUCUGCUCUCCCUCCUCCCACACAUGCUCCAACACCAAGCUCACCUACGGCACCCUCUUCUACCUCCAAGGAGACUUUUCGGGUUGUAGACGGGGAGGGGCGAGCUGUGCGCUCUUUCCGCUGCGAGCACUGCCGCGUGCUUUUCCUGGACCAUGUUAUGUUUACAAUCCACAUGGGUUGCCAUGGUUUUCGGCAGCCUUUUGAGUGCAACAUCUGUGGCCAUCGCAGCCAGGAUCGCUAUGAAUUUUCUUCGCACAUUGUCCGUGGAGAGCACAUCUUUGACUGAGAAUAAAAGGACAGCCUGCUGCCCUUAGUUUUUUUAAUUUUUUUAUUUUACACUGAGAAUGGGAACUGGUUGAGUUUGGUCUGCACAAAAGCGAAAGGCAUCUGUGAUGAUGUGAAACUGAUGUUCGUAACGACACUGACACAGUUGGCAUUAGUGGAAAGCUCGUGUAUAUGUUUAAAGAAUUAGAGUAGUAGUUGCUUUCUGUCCACUUUUAACAAGAAAUCUAUAUUAAAUUAUUAAAGUAGAUGAAGAGCCAACACUUUUUCAUCCACAGAUGUGCCUUGCUCUAAAAUUCAGAAUUUUAGCUCUGCUGCACACAUUAUUGUAGACAAAUCUGACUUUUGUUGCUGAAAUCUUUCACCCCUUGCACACUUUAGCAGAGAUGAAAGAAAAUGCUAAAUAUAAAGUUUGUAGGCUUGCAAUCCCUACAGAAUUUUUUUGACACCUUCUAAAAGCACUUUUUCCAAUUAAGUGAUUCUCAAACAGACUUUAGGUUCGGCCAGGUUUUUUCCUAGCCCAGGGUUGAUUCUGUACAAGUUUUAUAAUGCAAAGUAAAGUGCAGACCAAACUUAAAAACCAAGUCCAAGUCAUGUAGACUUUAAUGUUUGAGGGGUUGUCAUUGGAAUAGAAAUGCACUUUGGUUUCAGUGUGAAUGGAGUGAACAGAGUGUGUGUGUGUCUGAGAGAAAGGAAAGCUGCAAGAUUGUGUGUGAUUGUUUUUGAAAGUAAAUUUAAAACGUAAAAUGGAAAAUGAAGGCCUUUAUUCCUGUGAGUGAAUGCCGUGUUGGAAGUGUAUGAAUUGUUUUCCUUUUCUAUAACUGCUUUUGUUGCACUGAUACCUGCCAGAAUACAAUGACUAUAUUAAACUAUUUUAUAGAAUACAUUAAUGACCUGCACAUUUCUCUGAAAAUGUGAGGAAAAACAGGUGGAAUGUUUUUCUCACUAGGAACAGGAUUCGAGCAUCACUGCCACAACUUGAGAGAUUACCGAAGGAGGUUAAGGUUUUUGUUUUCUCCCCGUACAAAAACUCCCUCAUACUGCAAACCAACAAUAAUAAUCAACAAAUCUGCUUAUGCUGUAUUUAAACAUGAUUUUGGUGUUGCGUCAUUGUCCCGUGCCUUUCUACACGUUUCUGACCAGACUGAAGGAUGUGAGAUAUAAAAUCAUUUCUGUCUUGUAGUUUGACUGUAGCUUUUUAAUCUAUCUAACAGAAGUCUGGCUCCCCCCACCACCCCCAACAGUUUUAUCAGCAAAGAUCAAUUCUGAUGCCUGAGCAAUGUUGAUGAUGAUGAAAUGUGCAUGGCUUUUGAAACAUGCCGCUAUGACAUGGGUGUGUAGUAAAUCAGUAGCACUUCACUACCGUCCUCAUGGGUUAGAAACAAAGACUUUUAUUUACAUUUUUUCCUGUUAGGACAUUUUAAACCAGUCGCUUGAUUUACAAUAGCACGAAAUGGGAGUCUUUCAUAUCGCUUGG